AUGGGCAAGAAAAAGUCAAGAAGCGACUACAACGACUUUCUAGAUGGCGAGAAACUGCGCGACAACACGGAAAUCAGAACAUCGCUACAAGGAUCUGCAACGCAAGACUUUUCAUCUGUACCUACCAGCCAGCAUGCACGAGGAAGCGGGAAGAACGGCAAGGGUGGAGCAAAGAAACCUCCGCUCACCCACUUUUUGUGUCUGCCACUUGUCACAGAUGCCAGUAGGCCGCAGCUCCAAGAAGGACUGAAUCAGUUCAAAGAAGACCUAGCAAGCGAUAGCCCAGUACCCACCAAGGCAGUGCGACCAGUAGGUACACUACAUCUUACUUUGGGAGUAAUGAGCCUGGAUGCCAAGGAGCUGGAAAAAGCCAAACAGUACCUGCAAGACUUGGAUGUGCACGCUCUACUCCGCGAUAUCAGCCACCGUCGCAUAGCAGAGAAGGCUGCCGAGGAUGGAAUAAUAGGAGAAAACCUUGUUCCUGCAGCAAUGCCAGAUACCGAUGCCUUGACCAUCAACUUAGAAGCUCUGGUGCCAAUGCAAGCACCAAACAGAACGAGUAUUCUCUACGCUGAGCCUCGGGAUCCAACUCUGCGUCUACCUUUGUUUGCCUCUGCAUUGAGACAGCAGUUCACAGAAGCAGGGCUCCUAGUUGCAGAUACAAGACCGCUGAAGCUUCACGCUACCAUCAUGAAUACCAUCUAUGCAAAGCCCAAGCGCGGAAGAGGACGAUCAAAACCUUCAAAAUUCAAACACGGGCUGAAGCAGAUUGAACACAAGGUUUCGCCUCAUCACCGACAAGAUGGUGACGCUCACCACGAUGAAGGUGAUGAGGAUGGUGCAUCAACGGUGGACUCGGCAGAUGGUGAUCAAGAUCAAGCCCAGCCCGCAACAGGCGAAGGCCACGGCCCCGAUGGAAAGAGCUGGAUGCGACUCGAUGCGACAAAUCUGAUUGAGAAGUACAAGGGCUUUGUAUGGGCGCGUGAUGUGCGCAUAGAUAGAGUCUGUAUAUGCGAAAUGGGUGCCAAGAAGAUUUGGAGUGGGUCGCGUGAGUGCGACGGAGAGAUUCUGGAUGAGCAGUACAAGGCUGUUGCCGUGAAGCCUAUAUUCGAGUGA